UGAUCUGUCGAUUUUCAGUCGCUUUGUCGUAAAUAUAUUGUCGGACUGUUAGAUUUCUGAGAAACCACAACACCGAGUGGAACGUGCUACGACGGAAUCUUGCCCGCUCCGAGGACUCGCCAGCUGCUUACCCGAAGUGGAGAUUGUGGUCCCCCUCCCCCUGGUGAUGGUGGAUGAUCCCUGAGGGUGAAUAUGGUCUUCUGUUCAUCCCUAUGCCCACUGUAGCUCUGCAGACAUGAGUCUUCUAGGGAAACGUGCCGCUGCUGGCCGAAAGCUAUGCAGUCUUGUAUUCACGGGUUGCCAGGAAAUGCUCGUCAGGCAACUGAGGACGACUGUGCCAGUUUUUAAAUUCUGGGAGAGAGAUAUCAAAGCAGAAUAUGGAAGGGAGAGGAAGACGCUUCCUGACAAACAGAUGGUAGUUGAUGGAUUGAAAGAACUGAAACAUGAAGUGGGUGUGUGGAAAGACGAAUUCUGGAACAAAUUCACCAAGGAGCCUCUCUUUCUCGUGCGACCAGGCGAGGUGGACACGGUGUUCCAGCUGAACAGCGAGGCGGCGCUGGAGCGCUGGAUCGUCACGGCCGACCGCGACAACAGCGACGGCCAGAGCCAGGGCGAGCUGGUGCUCGGCCGCCACGGCAAGGCCGUGCUGCGCGGCACGCUCGACACGACCCCGCCGAAGGACGGCAGCAAGCAGCGCGCCGGCUACUGCAACAUGCGCUGUCUGCGACCGCAGAAGUCUUUCAAGCGGGACGGCUUCUUCGACUGGUCGGCGUACACGCACGUGGUACUGCGCGUGCGUGGUGACGGGCGCUCCUACAUGCUGAACCUGGCCUCCAUGGGCUACUUCGACCUCAUGUGGAACGACAUGUACUCGUUCCCGCUGUACACGCGCGGCGGGCCGUACUGGCAGGUGUCUCGGAUCCCGUUCUCCAAGUUCUUCCUGUCGAGCAAGGGACGAAUCCAGGACAAGCAGUGCCCACUGAUGCAGGACCGGAUCACCAGCAUCGGCAUCACGGCCGCCGGCGUGAGCGGCCCUUUCCAGCUGGAGAUCGACUACAUCGGGCUCGAGAUGGACCCCAAGCACGACGAGGAGUUUGCCUACGAGAUGUACAAGACGCCGUCCUUCAUCGCCGGCGUGUAGCCGCCUGGCCGCCGGACGACCGGCGUCGCUGUAUUGCGAGGCGCGUCCGCGCCGGCGGCCGUCGCCGUGCUGGUCAAACCGG